AUAUACUUCUCCUACCAAAAUCAAUUCACAUUAUGCAUCACAAUUUGUAGGAGAGCUAUAUAUAAUGCAUUUAAACACAAUAUUACCCCACCAAAAGGAAAACCAUUACACCAUAUGCACCACCACUACACCAGUCCUCUCCUUUGCAUUGAGAGAUAGAAAUGGCUUCACUAGACUCCUCCAAUUCCCCUCCAAACCCAUCUUUUGCAAUAAGAGGAACAGCCACACAGAACAAGUUCUUAAGAAGCAUUUCAACCAAAGAGCCUUCCUUUUCACAUUUUCCUUACACCCCACCAAGGCUAAGCUCCCCUAGUCUCUCCCAAAGUCUCCACACUUCACCACUCUCUUCACCUCUUCACCCUCUCUCUCCUUCCAAGCUUAAUGACCUUUACUCCACCUAUAGAUGUGUCUCUUCUGUGCUAAAAAAAGAUGGCCAAAUCUUGUCCAUUGCUGUGUCCAAUAGCUUAGUAUACACUGGCUCUGAUUCCAAUGUUAUAAGGAUUUGGAAACUGCCUGAUUUCAGUGAGUGUGGACAGCUCAAGACUAAGGCUUGCAUGGUGGUUGCAUUGAAAGUGUCCAAUGAAAGAGUGUAUGCAGCUUAUGGUGAUGGCAAGAUUAGAGUGUGGAGCAAAACAUGGGAUGGGUCUUUGAAACACAUUCGAUUAGCAACAAUCCCAAAAUCUGGAAGUUAUGUUCGGAGCUACAUUGGUGGGAAAGACAAAAUGCAGAUGAAGCAUACUGGACCUAUAACAUCACUAGCGAUGAAUGCAUCAGACGACAUCAUAUAUUCGGCUUCCCUUGAUAGAACAGUGAAAGUAUGGCGAAUUUCUGACCAGAAAUGCAUUGAGACCAUUCAAGCUCAUUCUGGGCCUGUCAAUGAUAUUAUAGUCACUGAUGACGGGUUACUUUUCACAGCCUCAGAUGAUGCCACUGUCAAAGUGUGGCGCUGCAACUUUUUUAGAGGGAAUCAGUCUCACUCACUCACUGUGACACUCCCUGCCAAGUCCUCACCUGUAAAGACCUUAACACUAAACCAAGAAGGUGGAGUAUUAUAUGGUGGGUGCACAGAUGGUUACAUACACUAUUGGUUCAAGGGUUGGUACUCAGGCCAAUUACAAUAUGGUGGUGCACUACAGGGUCACACACAUGCAGUAAUGUGCAUUGCUAGUGUAUCAAAUUAUGUUGUUAGUGGAUCAGCUGACUCAACAAGCAGGGUUUGGGUUAGAGAACAAGAUGGGCAUCACACAUGUCUAGCAGUCUUGGUAGGUCACAGAGGGCCUAUUAGGUGUGUCACUGCCUUUUCUGGGUCCUUAGGUGAAGAGAGUGAGGAUGGUUGCACAAUUUGUACUGGGAGUCUUGACGGAGUCUUAAAGGUGUGGCAUGUGACAUGCAAGAACAAAUCAAGCCAGAGUUCUGCACAAAAUGUGUGCGAGUAUUUUGAGCUUUAGAAUGGACUUUAGGGAAUCUAAUUUGGUAGCAAGUGUACAUAUUUCUAGUCUAUGUUCUGGCUCACAUUGUUGUCAACUAUGAAGCGAUGACAAGCUUGAGCUUGUAAUUUUGAAGUGAUAGGUAAUCAUGUACUAGAUUAACAAGCGCUAUAUAUGGAUGGGUACUCUCUAACCUUUCAAUA